AUGAGCAAAACCAAACCUAUUACUACAGAAGCCAUUUCAGCCAUUCUAGACGAGAAAUUAAGUCCAAUUCUCCUGACUGUUAAUGGCCUCAAAGAUUCUGUUCAGUUCCUAAGUGAAAAAUUUGAUGAUGUCUUCAAGAAGGUAGAAGAACUAGACAACCAGGUCUUGCACGUCCAUUCAGAAAACAAGCACCUCAAAGCCGAACUUCUGCGACUUUCAACUAUCGUCGAUCAAUAGAGUAAUGAAUUAAAUGAAAUUGAGCAAUAUUCUCGACGCGACUGCAUUGAGAUUUCGGGGCUACCUCAAGAGACUGAUGAAGAUCUGAACAAGUUAGUAGUUAAAAUUGGCUCUUUAAUGGAUGUAGAACUAGACGAGAGGGACAUAUCUAUAAGUCACCGGCUCCCAAAAUCAAGAAGUGAAAACCAGCAAGAAAAUCGAAGUGCAGCUAACACCUCCGCUAAAAUCAUUGUCAAAUUUACACGUAAAUUAUAUAUUUCCGAAAGUCUCAGCCCAAGGAACAAGCAACUAUUCAAGAAUUGUCUCAAGUUUAAACGAGACCAAUUCUUUCGCUGUAUAUGGACAUACAAUGGCAGAAUUUAUUUGAGGAAAAAUUCAACUAGCCCUACACAUGCUAUUAAUGUUGUUGCUGAUUUGGAGAAAUUAUCAUCUUUACGAUAA